CGGGGCUGUGGUACCGAGUGCAUUCAAGAACACUGUCGACCCACUGUCAGCGACAGGGGAAGGCAGGGAACCAGUGGAAGAGCAAAACGGUAACAUGAAACGUGGUCACAUCAUCUCCACGUCAUCAUGUAGGAUUCUGAACCACGUCAUCUUCAAAGUUUUGAUCAUGGCUGUGGCUUUCGGAAACUGCAUCGUGAUUGGUUUCAGGACCAACCCAACAAUAGUUAAGGAAUACGAAUCCGUCUUACUGGCCUGCGAUCACAUCGUCUUCGCAGUGUUUCUGUUGGAGAUGGUUUUGAAGUUCUGUGCGGACUUCAAGGCUUUCUGCAGUGCAUGGAACCUGCUGGACAUGGCCAUCGCCGUGGUUCUGAUCGCAGGGCCCAGGACCUCGUCGGACUUUGACCACAGGGUCAAAAUAAUUCUGCAGCUGAUUCGCAGCUUCAGGCUUUUUGGACACACCAAAGGAAGCUUUUUGUUCACCUUUGUGUUCAAAGACUCCAGUACUGAGCUGACGAACGUCUUCCUGCUUCUGAUGGGCACGAUGAUGCUGUUUGGAGUGAUUGGAGUGCUGUUAUUCCGAAGUUUUGUACCAUCUUUCUUCGGUGAUUUACCUGCGGCACUCUUCACUCUGUUCAUCUGUGCAACGCAGGAUGGAUGGCUGGAAGCCCUAUCAAAGUUUGAAACUGGUGAUCCAGCGCUUAUCUAUGGUGCUAUGGUGUACUUUAUUGCAUUUAUCUGCGUUGGUGCCUUCAUGUUCACCAACUUCAUAUUUGCAGUCAUCAUAGCUAACCUAGAGAUAGCGACGGAAACGUAUGAAGGUUCCUCAACGGCGAACCCAAAAGAGGACGCCAACAAUGGAGGCAUCACCCAUGUUGAAGAGGUCAUCAAAGCAACUAAGAUGACCCAACAUCAGAGACCCCGAAUCGGCUGCCGUCUCGACAACCUCAACACGGAGACUUUCGAAAAUCUAGUCGUAGUGAACGAUGCUCUCCUGAGGAACCAGAGAGAAUUUAAGAAACUGCUUGAGGAGUUAGAAAGCAUUUUGGAAGACGUCAGGAACCUGCCAAGAAACAGAAAGCAGGAAGAGGAAGUGGUCUUCCAAAGCCAGGUGGCGGCUUCUGUGGAGGAAAACAUCUUGAGCAGUAAAAUCGCCUCUGGCCGCACUGGUGAUGUGCUGUCAACGUUUAUCGCCCUGGAAAAGGCCCACAUCAUCGACUCCAGCGCCGCCACGCCUCAGAUCUAUUCAAAGGGCUACAUCCGGGAAGGUGUGAGGAGAAUGUCCGUGGCGGCUGUUGAAGCGCGACGCAUGUCGGUCGCGUGAAGAAUCUGGAGUGUGCUUUUUUAACUCUUUCAUUGUUUUAGAAUCACCUGAAAAUAAAGUGUCACACCAGUGACGUCAAUUCGAAGCUU